CCUAUUGAAUCUCCCCUCUAUAUAUAUCUUCAACAUUGUCUGAAACAUUUAACUUGCUUUAUUCUAAUUCUGUACCCUGAAGGCCUGAACAGUGUUUUUCAAGUCUUAAAGAUCUAGCUUCUUUUAUUUUCACUCCGUAACCCUCAACAGAGCUUUUUAGGUCUGAAAGAUUUGACAGUACUUUUUCAGGUCUGGAAGAUUUAGCUUGCUCUGUUCUCUCUGUAGAUUGUAUCCCUGAACAGAGCUUUUCAGGUCUGAAAGAUUUAAAAGUGUUUUUCUCAAUGGCCGCUAUUUCACUUGGAGUUGUUGGCUACAAAAGCCUUUUUAAAAAGAGUCUUCUCUGUGAUGGCGAGAGUCUUUCAAUGCAAAAAGCUUCUGGAAAUGGAUCCAGCCGGGCUUCAGUAAGCAUUUGUUCAUAUGGCAAUUAUUCAGAAAAUCAGAAGAAGAAUGGUUUUGCAAGGAAAGCAGUUAAGCCCCAAUUUGAUUUCAUCAAUAAGGGUUUGCAGCCGAGAUGGUGGAUUCCUCUGUUUAGGAGCUCUGCUGACAAAAAAUGGGCAGAGGAAGGCGGUAGCAAUGAACAAUCCGUUGAAAGUGCUGUUGUGCAGAGUGCAAGAAAAACCCUAGACAAUGAGAGAGUGAUUGACGAAGAGGAAAUUUCAGCGAGGAGAAGAUCCAAGUUUGUAGGUGUGCGUUUCACUCCAGAGAAGGCCAAAUUACUGAGGAAAGCCCUUCGUUCUACUUCCAGUUUCCAUGACUUGAUGUAUCAUUCUGCCAUUGCUUCUCGUUUGGCUUCGCCUGAUUCGUCUUCAGAUGAGUGAAGAGGAAUGAAAUUUAGGCUUAAUCUGUCAACAUACAGUGCAAUUUAAUGUAAAGAAUGGCCAUUUGGCUACAAUUUUUUCAUUAGAAUACAAAUCAAAAGUUUAGAAAGA